ACUGGAUGCUUGCUGAAGCGUAUUCAAAUACUAAAUUGUCAGGCUAAAAUAUUUUACAGGAUGUUCAAAGAUUACUAUCCUCUGGAAAUUAAAUGUGGUGGGUGCUUAUUCUGUCAUAAUCAAACUACUGGAAUGUGUUGUCUCAUAGGAAGGAAUGAUUCUGUCAAAUCACCAUGGCAACACUGCCAGCUUAUGGGCAAAACCUGUUUUUCCACAUUGUCAUGUAACCUGAACUUGAAACCAAACAGAGCAGAAGCAAUGCAACUCUGAAGACCUUUAAAAACUCGACGACAGUGAAGAAUGCUGCACUAUUGGGCUUGGUGUGGAUUGUCUGGAGGGUUGUCAGACGUUAAAGGGAGGCAUCGAUAGGAUGCAGAACUGGGCUGAUCAGUGCCAUAUGGAGUUCAAACCAGAUAAGUGUGAAGUUGUUAAUCUCGGAAGCUGUGGAAACCCCAGAAAGGGUGCAGAGAAGAUUUACACGGAUGUUGCCUGGAUUGGGGAGCGUGCCUUAUGAGAAUGGAUUGAGUGAACUCGGCCUUUUCUCCUUGGAGUGAAGGAGGAUGAGAGAUAUAUCAAGGAUGACAAAAUCCAAGCACAGCUUUUUGCUGAAGUUCGUCUUGCUCAUGCUUCUGGUGGGACCAGUUGCACGUCCACCGACAAAACCCCAGCCUGUUGACGAUGAACAGGAAGUUGACGUUACAGACCCGGGAGAGGGUGCUGAGGUCCACAACCGUGAACUGAGCCUAGUCUUCCAAACCAAUGUUGGCCAGGACAGUAGCAACGAAACCUACAGCCAUCUGCGGGAAACGGUUGAGGCCGGAGAUGUUAACAUGGAUGAAAGAUAUAAGGGUGUCUCUAACAUCGUGGGCAAAACUACUGGCGGUAGUGUAUCCAGGAGAAUGAUUGAAGAUCGGAUGUUGACCGCCCCUAAAAAUGAGUUGGAUGCAUCAGAACGAACCGAAUGGUCUGCUUUGGCCAUGGCAGAAUCCCCUGCAAUGUUUGAUGUUGAAGACAGAAAAAAGAAACACAACAGAAACAGGAGGAGAGAAUUUGCCAGUGACAAUUUCGGCGCAGGCUAUGGGAAAAAGUCCGAUAUUGUUCACAGUACCUCUUUUAGAAAAGAGAUCAGUGGAGACAGUAAAACGGAUAAAGGUCGAACAUUAAUGUUACUGGACAGAGAAGGAGAAGCAUCUGGUGCGAAGAAAACUGCAGUGGAAGCACAGCUAUGGCAAUACAUCGGGAUCCCGAUUUCCUUCGCAAUUGUACUUGCUGCAUGUGCGUGGACCAGACGUUGUUAUGAACGGUUGCAACAUAAACGGCAUGGUGACAAUAGCAUUGAACGGGACAAUUUGCUGUCUAACAAUGAUGAAGAACAACAUUUAACUGCAGAAGAUCGUGCAGAUCAAAUUCGACAAAUACUGGCGAGUAUCACCGAUCUCCAGCUGUACAGAGUUACGGAAAAACACCAUGAGCAACUGGAAACUGAAAUUAAAGAUGAUGUGGAGAACAUUCAUCAGUCUCUCUUAAGGGAAGGUUACAGAAGGGAAUUAAACCUUGAGGAAAUUAUGUUGACCGGAGGUAACCAAGGGCUCGCUGAAUCGCGACUACUUUUGAAAUCAAUUCUUCACGGAAGCAUUCGAGAAUGUAGGAUGUUUUGGAAUAAGCUUACCACAACUCAAGUAAACCUGCAAUAUCUGAUUACAUUGUUGAAGCAGGAUGUCGAGGAAGAAGCGAUUCUUCAACACAGAUACAAUCUCCGAGUUCAGAGUAGGAAUAUGAAAAUGCCCAAGUCAGGUUUAAUUUCUGACAUCUAUACUGAUCCACUGAUUACCAUGACACACCCUGACCAGGAUGAUGUAACAGCAAAAAAUAAUAGUCAAGGUCGGGAAGUUGCGAUCCAUGAAUUAUUGAAAAGACGCAACAGUGAUACUGAAAAGAGCAACAUCAGCGUCGUGUAUGGUGCUGCAGGGUCUGGGAAAACCACCCUAAUACAGAAGAUAAUCCACGACUGGGCCAUGGGAAUUAUAUAUGAAGAGUUCAGAUUCGUCCUUCAUUUUAAAGUUCAGAAUUUAAAUGCAAUAAAAGGUAGAACAACGUUAAGUAGAUUGAUAGCUGACACAUAUCCUUACUUGGAAGAUUAUCAGGAUGAUUUGUGGAAAGAACCCAAAAACUUAUUAUUUAUAUUUGAUGAUUUGAAUCACUUGGAUCGAUCCAUCAGUUUCUCUGAUGAUGAAAGAAACAGCGAUCCGCGACACCGAUGUACCGGACCAGAGUCUAUUUGUUUCGUACACGACAUCUUGCGCUGCCUCCUACAGGGAGAGCUUCUGAAAGGCUGCUCAGUGCUGAUCACAGCCCGGAUUUGGGAGAACGAGGCACUGCGUCAUGUAACAGCAGAUUCAACUUUCCAAGUCUUGGGUUUCACUUCUGAGAAAGUAAACGAAUAUUUUUCCCAUUAUCUUCACAACAGACAGUACAUGAAUGAAGUUGUUCAAUUGAUUGAGAAGAAUGAGAUAUUGCAGAACAUGUCUAGUAACCCUCUAUUCUGCUACGUCCUCGCUUCCCAACCACAAAGGGAACAGUCAACAAUGCCCAUCAUAAACAAUACCAAGGUGCUCUUUGACUACUUCGUACUCCUUCUCAGAGCUUGCGGAUAUGACGACAAGACAACUCUGAAGUGCUUACUCAAAGUCGGCGAAUUAGCCUACAAAGGAAUUACACUUAACACACUUUCGUUUGAAGCUGGCGCAUUGAGUGAACAGAAUUUCUGUCCUCCAGAGUUUAUAUCUGCUUUUAUGAUCCAGGAUUCAGACAAAGCGAAUCGUGGUCUUUAUAAAUUCGCGGACUCUGUUGUACGAGACUUCCUUGCUGCACUUGCGAAAAUUCUAAAUACUCCGAAAGCUCAACUGAAAGGGUUACUCGAUGACCAAUUUACGGACACUACCGGCAGGUUCAGGAAAUUUUCACUUUUUCUUGUAGGCCUGUCUUCGCAGACAUCAAUUGACCACCUAAAGUUUCAACUGGGCUUAGUCUGUUCUGAAGUUACUUCGUGUACCUCCGAAUGGUUCAGGGAAAGUGUCAAAAGACGCCUAAAAAACACUGAGCAACGCAAGGUUUUACACAUAUUGUACUCCUUGCUUGAAUUUGGAGACAAUCAAGUAUUGGAAGACGUGCUUGCUCCCACUACAACAAUUAAAUUAAAUCAACUCCUUCUCACAUCUCCCGACUUCACAGUUUUAUCCAGAACUUUAAUCCAUUCUGAACUGAUCGAGGAGUUGGAUCUCAGUUCAUGUCUUGCACAUCCAGAAGAAAUUCAGAAACUGGAACUCUUGCUGCACAGAUGUGUAAUUCUGAGAUUGAAUCACAAUAAACUACAAGACUCUGGAGUGAAGGACGUCUUCAAAACUUUGGAAAAAACUGACUGCAAAAUACAAACUUUGGAGCUGAAAUCCAACCAUCUUACAGAUGAUUGCCUAGGAGCACUUUUCUCUGCUCUGCGUACAAAUCGUUCGCUAACGCUGCUGAACCUGAAUAAUUCCCAUCAGGAUGGGCAACAUGACAAUCAAUUUACUCCUGAAAGACUGAAACAUCAUGUGGAUAAUUACGAUAAUCAGCAGAAAGAAAUCAGAUGGCAACGCGAUGAACAUGAUGUACUGGACACUACACCAAACCUUCUUAACUUAAUAACUGACUGAACGUCAAAAAUGUUAACUUUAUUUACAUGAAUACAAGACAUUUCGUGUAAUGUAAUUCAAAGUAAUUUGAUGUGAACGAUUCAGUCUAGUGCAGUUUGAAAAUAAUGCCAGAGUGUUUGAUAUCGUCAACGAACUGAAAAAAAAAUACAUGCAGUACAUCAGAAA